CAAAACCGUGAAGAGUUAUUUAUUUCAUCCGUCGAUUUACUUACGACAAUUUUUUUUAUUUAUUUCUCUUCUUCCCCCACUCUUUUUGGGUUUUUGCCUUCUUUUCAUUUUCUUUCGAAAGCCCGAUGAUCCCCCACUCUCUCUCAUGCUUCAGUUAAAGAGAGAGCUCUCGAGAUGGUGGAGAGUGGAAGACGCUUAGAUCUUCUCACCGAUUUCUUCGCAUUUCUCUCGGCGCCUUGAAUCUUAUAUUAUCCUCCUUGUUCCUUCCUCGUCCUUUUUCCAUCUGCUGUUUUUCAUUUCGGAGCAAUGCAGGCGACAAAUCAACCUGGAUUCGGCAUUGGAGAGUUCGCUUUUGCGGAUGAGGGGAACCUGGAGCACUGCGUCAAAUAUCUGAACCAGACGUUGGUCACCUUCGGCUUUCCGGCGUCUCUCGACUUGUUUGCGAACGAUCCUGUUUCAAUUGCUCGGACGUGCAACUGUAUACACGCGCUGAUCCAGCAAAGGCAACGUGAUAUAGAGUUCAGGGAAUCAGCGAGUGACCAGAGGCAGAGAUUACUGUCAGAUAUAUCGAGAUUAGAAGCUAAGGUUGAGAGGCUUGAGGCCCAGUUGACUGCCAAGGACCGAGAGAUAGCCUCUUUGACACGCACAGAAGCUAAGGCAGCAGCCACUUUUAAGGCCCAAAUUGAGAAGUUGCAACAAGAGCGUGAUGAAUUUCAACGGAUGGUUAUUGGCAAUCAGCAAGUGCGCACUCAGCAAAUACAUGAAAUGAAAAAGAGGGAGAAGGAGUAUGUGAAAUUGCAGGAAAGGUUAAAUCAAGUCUUGAUGGAAAGAAAGAAAGAGUCUAGGUCAGGCAUGGAAAUAAUGAACCUACUUCAGAAAGAGGGCCGACAGCGAGGAACAUGGAAUGGGAAGAAAGCUGAUAACGAUUUCUAUAAAAUGAUGGUUGAUGCAUACGAGGUGAAGAAACAAGAGUUGAUGGCAGAGAAUGCUGAUCUUCGAGCCUUGUUGCGUUCGAUGCAGAUGGAUAUGCGUGAGUUCUUGAAUGCCCCAAAUGGACUAUCCAAGCCAAAAACUGCUGUUAAUGAAAGUGCUGAUGCUCAGUCUCCACCAACGCCAUUAGGUGGUCGAACGGAUGUUUUCAAUCUACCCUUUCACAUGGCCAGAGAUCAAAUUGAGGAGAGCCUGCGAACCAAAAUGGUUUCCAUAAAGGAACGCAUGGUUCAACUUCAAGAUGCUCAAAAAGUUGCAGAGGUCAGUUCUGAAGCAAGUGAACGAGAACUGGAGCUUGAAGCUCAACUCGUUGAGGCUAGAAGCAUCAUUCAGGAGCAAGCUUCUAUCAUGUCCAAGCAUCUUGCAAAAUCUGAGAAGCCCAGGAGGGUGAAUGGUCACCUAGAUAUUGAAAGAGAAUCAAUCCUGACAGCUGAUGCAGAGGUUUAGGUGGCACCGGACAACUUGCUUCAUUGAAACUCGUUGAAGCUUUGCGUAACCUGCAAGAUGUAUUACUCCCCAACAUUACCCAAAUCGGUCCUGGCUGAAGAAUUGUUCUCUGAUUCUGCUUCGGCAAGAAAGCACGAUCGUGUUGCCAGUCCAACGAUGUAAUUGCCUUUAUUUUGAUGGCCUGGAAAUUUUAAAAAUGUAACGAGUGAUGGAUGAUGCUUAUGUUGUCUACCUGUUCACCUUUUGUACCUUUGUUGGUUAAUACCAUUAGAAGUGAAAAUGGUUUCCGUC